AUGCUCGACAUCAGCCCCAUAACCAGCCUCCCCGGGCUAGCAAAACCGCCAAAACACCACAUCCUCGCCCCAAUACUCAACCCGGCCAAAAGCCCAGGCUCAACAUGGUCCUCAUUCUUCCCCUCACUCUCCUUCGGCGGCCCAUCCCAGGAAGAGGUCAGCCACAAAGGCCACAUCUCAACUCUCGACAAAAAGAAACAAGUCGACCAAAAGCGCGAGAUCAUCGGCUUCCAAAACCCCUGGCCCUCGUGGCACAAGCCCACCAAGUCGGAGAUGCUUGCCAGUUUUCAGUGGGGUCCUGACACAGAUCCUUGCAUCCCUCUCGCGGCUUCGUACGCUCUUCCCGCCAGACAAAUCCCGCCGAUAUCACAGCCGAGCUAUAGUGAUCUCUCCAACCCUGAGUCUGCCGCGUCAAAGGCUGCAAGACUGCUUACGGUGCAGAAGCCUGAUUUUACGCCUUGUCCGGUUGGGAAGAAGGCAAAGGUUACUUGGUUGGGACAUGCCUCGAUGCUGCUACAGCUUUCAUCUGGUGUUAGCGUUGUGUUUGAUCCCAUUUUCUCCCAGCGGUGUUCCCCAAGCGAGUACUUUGGGCCGAUUCGGACGUACCAACCGCCGUGUCAAGUGGGGGAUUUACCUCGGAUUGAUGCAGUAUUGAUUAGUCAUAACCACUAUGACCAUCUUGAUCAAGAGUCUGUCAUGGGGAUUUGGGGAAAUAACAAGGACAGGGUGAGGUUUUUUGUGCCGUUGGGGAUAGGAAAGAUGAUGGUUGAUUUGUGGGGUUUGCCGAAGGAGAGGGUGGUGGAGAUGGAUUGGUGGGAUAAUGUCGCGUUGACGGGACUGACGCAGGGGAGUGUGAAGGUCUGGUGCACACCCGCACAGCACAACUGUUGGAGAUCAGGGAGCGGCAAGUCUGGGGAACCGAAUGGGAGCUUGUGGGCUAGUUGGAUGGUGGAGGACCUCCAAUCUAGAGACGGGGAGGAGUUGUAUAGGGUGUUCUUUGGGGGUGAUACCGGGUAUCAGUUCCACACCGAUCCUGCAUGGCCACCUUUGCCACCGACGAAUUGGAAGAGGGGUGAUCCGCUACCGCCAGCAGAAAAGGAAAAACCAGAGGAUUACCCACCAUGUCCAGCGUUCAAAGAGAUCAGCGAUAACAUCGGCCCGCCAGAUCUUCUACUCUUGCCGAUCAGUGUUGGCGCAUCGUUUGCUUAUCUGAGAAGCUUUACAACGUGGAUGCCGGACUGGGGCAAUCCUAUGCCGAGGCAUACACAGGGUGUGACUGGGGCAAACCAUAUGCCUCCUUGGGAUGCUGUACGGGUGUUCAAGGAGAUGACUGAGGGCGGGAAAGGGAAAGCGGUGGCGGUGGGAUUGCAUUGGGGGACGUUUGCUACCGAGCCAGAGGAGGUGUUGAAGACUCUGGGCGGCUUGGAAUGGGCGUGUGAGAGGCAGGGAAUUGGGUUUGGGAGAGGGUGGGAUGGCAAACAUGAUGAAGGCGUUGAGGACAAGGUGUUUCUAGCGGUGAAUCAGGGGGAGAUUGAAAGCCUUCCCUCUACCCUUCCCCCUGACGACGCUGGCCAUCUCGGGCUUUACAGCACAUUUGGGAGCUUGUCCCUCGAAGCUGUUUCACUGCAGCUCGAUGAGCCAAAUCCGUACAACCUGCGUCAGACAGCCCGUAACUUCCUCGCAACUCGAGACUUUGCCCGUCGCCGGUGUUGGGCCUCGAAAGCCGGUCAUGGUGCGGUUAUACGAGUUGUCCAACGUAUUGAUGUGAAGACCAUCGACCAUAUUCGCCACUAGGUCGAGAUGGUGGUGUUUGGACGGGAACUGCCAAGGGCGUUGGCGGAAGAGGACGGCCAUUGGUAUGAUGCAAACUAGCCAUCGGGUGCUGCGAAUCGAGCUCUUUGAGGUCUUGGUUUGGAUCCUCUCUAUAUAGGUUCUGUUUGUGUUGCAAUUGACCCUUCUUCACC